UCAUUGCAUGGGAAGCGAGCGCGCGCUCAUCGUUACCGCUGUGCACUCAUCGCUUUUGUGUGUCGCGGCGCCGCGUUCUGGGUGUGUCGAUGACGUUGCGCGCACGAUCGUGAGCCAGGCAAAUUUCCGCGCAUGAUGUCGCGCGAGUGAGCAGCGCUGCAUCCAUCACGCCGCUCGCAACGGAGCGCCAUGAGCGCGGCGAGCGCCAGAAGCCGGCGGCCGACUGGAGCACGAGUCGUAGGAGGUGAACCCGCAGCAUAGAUUUAAGGGAGUCUGAAGAACGGGCUGGGUGACUUGGGUAUUGGAAGGCGGUGCGAAGUUGGUGCGCCGUUUCUGCCAACUGACACCGAAUCUCCAUCUCGCCCCUCGUAGGACUUUCUGCUGCGGCGUGACAACGGGCGGCAGCUCGCGUGUUGAUUUCAUCUACCACUGUCGGAUCGUCUCAGAUCUCUGGGCACACGCGCCGCGAGCCCCAGAAACUGGUGGUUACCCGCGAGCUUCCCGGGCAAGAUCCACGAGAGCGCGGAUCUGAUAAGCAGGCGCCCCGCUGAGGGGAUCGAGUGCUGGCAGCGCGGCGAGGCACUGAGGGGGCGUGAGGGGAGCACCCCCGCCACCACAACGAGCAGGCGGUCGCGGCGGAAGGCGCCCAGGGCCGUGCGCGGCGCAGGUGCAGUUGGCGUGCGCGUGGUAGCGGGUGGGUGGCGGUGACACACGGCGCCGCAUGCUGCACGCACUUGGAGGUGCGGGCGCGGAGAGAGCAGGGUGAGGCAUUCACGCACAGCGCUCGCUGCUCGCCAACCCGGAAUGGCCGCCCACAGCACAUGGGCGCCGCGCUGUGGCACCGCGGACAGCUGCACAGCGCGCAAGCGGAGUUUGCAUUGGCGCGAGCGCCGUGCGCUGCGGCACGCUGCACACCCUGCACGCACCGCCUGCACUGCCCCGCCCAACCUCCUGGUACCGCUGUUGCUACCAGCGCUUGUGGCGCUGCUGUCGGUGCAAGCCGCGGUGGCAGCUCCUCUUGGCGCGCGGACUGGCAGGCUUGGGCGAGCUGACGCGCAGUUGGCAAGGGCAGGGCAGACGUGGCGGCACGCGCAAGCUGGGGUGAGCGGGGCGGCAGCAGGGCCAGCAGCUCGCGAGCGCAGGAGUCUGUACGCGCUGCCUGCACAGCCCAGCACGCCUCGCACCCACACACGUGUGCCACCCCACGCUGCUGCCGCAUCCACUGCAGCCCCCACGCCCAGCAGCAGCAGCGCGAGUGCAAGGGGGGGUGGAGCGGGUGGUGCGGCAGAGGCCGCUGCCAUUGGUGGCAAGAGGGCGAGCGAGCUGCCGCGCCCCAUGGUCACGGGCAACACGCAGGGGGGAACAGACAGCAGCAGCGCGGGUGGUGGGGGUGGCGGCGGUGACAUUCUGAGUCUCCUGAGAGUGAUGCAGAGCGGUGAGGGCGAUGAAGACGACGAUGAGGACGUGGGUGCGGGGCAGCACUGGCGCAUAUCGCGCGUGGACCCCUCGGAUGGCUUCAGGCGGUACCGCGGCCCCUACAACGUCACUGACACGCACUAUUGGGCGUCCGCAGCGUUCACUGGGUGGUGGGCGGCAGCAGUUGGCGUUAUCGUGUGCGUGCUGGGGGUUGUGCUGCUCGUCCUCGCGCUCUCCUCCACCCGCCAGCCCCUGGGCUGCUGCGGUGCAGCAGCGCGCAGCAAGGGCGCCAGGGCGCGCCCAGCAGCAGCAGUGCAUGGCAGGGAGGGGGUUGUGCAGGCAGAGAGCACGGCGGAGAGAGGAGUGGCGAGGGGGCAAGUGGACGGAGGGCGGGCAGGGGGCGAUGAGGGGGGUGUGGUAGCACCGGAUGCCGCUGGUGGGGCACGCGAGGGGGGCUUUAAGGCUGGGAGAGUGGAGCCAGGUAUGCACGGCCACGCGUCCACAGCAGCAACUUCCCCGUGUGACAGCGUCCACCCAGCGCCUUGGUCAAGCCCGGCAGCAGCGUCGCCCCCGGCAGCAGGAGCACGAGGGAGUGAGGCGCACAUGGGCGCCCCCAUUGCCAUCAGCAGAUCUGCCUCCUCCUCCCUCUCCUCCUUCUCCUCCUCCUCCUCCUCCCCCCGCACGUCCUCCGCUUCUUCAGCCACCCGCUCGUCCGUCUCCUCCUCCCUCUCCUCCGCUGCCUCCUCUGCACCCUUGCUGCCACCUGCUGCCCCCACCGUGUUUCCCCCCCUGACCUCUGACCUGUCAGUCCCCUCGCCAGGGGAGGAGGGGCAGCCACGUGCACAGGAGGAGAAGCGCUUUCAGCGGGAGGCAGAGGGUGGGGAGCAUGGGCAGGCAGAGCGGAGCGAGCAGCGGAGCAAGGGAGCGGCAUCAGUGGAGAGGGGCGAGAGGGGGUGGGGGCGAGUGGUGCGAGUGGGGCGACAGGCGGUGCAGUGGGCGCUGCUCGCUGGGGGGCUGCUGUUGACCCUUGCGGCAGUGGGCGUGUCGCUGUACGCGUCUGCAUCAUUCCGCCCCAUAGCCGUGAACACCCGAGACACUGUCACCGCCACCACGGCCGCCGCCAUUAAUAAGCUAGACGCCAUGUCCGCCGUGCUCUCAGCGGCCUACGCUGUCUUCAACCGCACGCUCCAGAGCCCCGCGCUGCUGCCGCCCGCACCGCAGCAGCAGGAGCAGGCGCAGGCGCAGCAGAAGCUGGAGCAGCAGGGCGGGCAGCGGCAGGGUAAUGUGUGGGCUUCCAGCGAGAGCGCCAGCGGUGCUCCUGGCAGCGUGGGGCAGGGCGGCAACACGACCCCUGCACGCACCAGGACGAUGGGCAGCGUGCCAUACAGCAAUGGCAAUACUCCUUGUGCUGCUGCCAAUGACGGUGCUGUCUACAGCAGUGGCAACAACGCAGGGGCGGGUGCAGCAGGGGGGUCAGAGCAAGGCUGGGGCAACGCGGUGGGGCGACUAGCGGGUGGCAGCGCCAGCAACGGCAGCAGCAACGGCAAAGGCACGGAUGCGGCGUCGAUCCUGGUGUUUGCGCGCCGUGCGCUGGUGUCAGUGCACUCCCUGCAGCGCCAGGCACACGCGCUGGAGGCCAUGGUGGAUGGCGUGGCGCGCAGGGCGCUCUCCACCACCAACACCGCCCUCAUUGCGCUCAUGGCCGCCUCCUGCCUCCUGCUGCUGCUCUCUGCUGCCUGCGCCCUGGUGUCGUGCGGCAGCAGGCGCCUGUACCUCUGCACGCACCUCGUGUGCAUGUGCGCGCUGCUCGCGCUGCUGCUGCUGGCGUGGGCGCUCGCGGGGGCCUUCUUCUCUGCGCGUGUCGUGCUGGACGACUCGUGCCGCGAGAUGGCGCUCUACGCCGCCACGCCCGCCGCCUCCACCCUCGCGCCGCUGCUGCCGUGCCUCAACCCGCGUGCGGCGCGCAUCGCGCUCGUCAACGCGGCGCGCGGCGCGAACCGGCUGGUGGGGUUCGCGAACGGGCAGAUCGAGAGCGGCAACGCCGCGCUCGGCGGGCUGCGCCGCCUCAUGCGGGCGGCGGGCCUCAUGGCGGGGAACGGCACGCGCAGCGGCGCUGGUGGGGGCGGUGCUGCGGGGGCAAGCGGCGGGGAGAGCGGAGUAGAGGGGAUGAGGGCGGGCGGCCUGAGAGGGAGUGGGUCGAGCAUGGGCAUGGCUGAGAGCAGAGCUGGCGCUGGCAGCAGCAGCGGCGCUGCACAGGCAGGUGUAGCGGGCGGCAGCGAUCAAGCUGCUGUAGCGGCAGGCCAGACAGGCGACGAGGAAAGCAGUGCUAUGGGCAGUAGCAGCAGUAGUGGCAGCGGGGAGCGUCUCAUUCCCCUGCUGUGCCCGCUCUUCAACGAAAGCAGCAACCUCACAGCCGCUCCGUGCCCUGCGGGAUUCGGCUCCGUGCGCUCCUUUGAAAAGGACUAUGCCCCAUACCACUGUGAGUCAGAGAACCCUGUUGUCUGUGUGCGGCGAGGCACACCCAUCCCCAACUCCUCCUACCACUUACUUGCCAGUGCUGUUGCCGUCACCGUAAGUGUGGCUGACCUGGUACCGGACAUGUACGACCUUGCCACGUGUCAAUUCCUCAUUGACAUGUUCCAAGACCUGUCCACCAAUCCCCAGGGUUGUCCUGGAGCCAAGAGCAAGGUGCGAAUGGAGUGGGUGGCAUUUAUGAUGUUUGGUGUGGCACUAACUGUGCUUCUGCUGUCAUGUAUCAUAGCAUUGUACAGUUAUCACAAGAGGGAUGGAGAUGAGAGAAGGGAGGGGCGAUGAAUGCAAUGUAUACCUAGUUGCCAUCACGAGGAGGAAAGGUGGGAUGUAAGUGUAUGAGAUUUGUCAAACAUGUGUAUUUGUCAUGUUUGUAUAGACUGUAUAGGGUUACCUCUUAGAGGGUACAACACUUAGGU